CCACCUCCCAGUCUCUCUGGCAUCGUCUCUUUUACGUAAGACUAAAAUCCAAACGGCAACAACACGCUCUCUCUCUCUCUCUCUCUCUCUCUCUCUCUCUCUCUCUCUCUCCACCUGUAGACCGUUUGAAAAUUCCUUGUACACUCGUCUCUUUAUUCUCAUCUCCUUCUCUUCCUUUGUUCUACAAAAACAGCCCCCUCCCCCAGAAAAAAAAAAAACCCAGAAAAUUUCAAUGGCAAUUCUCGGAAAUCUCGCCACCUUCUUCCUCUUCUCAACCAUCUUCAUCUCAGUCUCCGGUCGAUUCGUCGUCGAGAAGAGCAGCAUCUCCGUUCUGUCACCUGCAAGUCUGCGCUCCAAGCAUGACAGCGCAAUCGCCAACUUCGGAAUUCCCGACUACGGUGGGACUAUGAUGGGAACCGUCGUUUACCCAGGGAAGGAAUCUUCCGGAUGCAAGCCCUUCGAUUCUUCCUUCAACUCCCCAUCUUCGCGGCCUCUCUUUCUUCUUCUCGAUCGAGGAGAGUGCUACUUUGCUUUGAAGGCAUGGAACGGCCAACAGGCUGGAGUGGCAGCAGUUCUAAUUGCAGAUAAUGUUGACGAGCCUCUCAUAACCAUGGAUACUCCUGAGGGGAGCAGCGAUGCAGAUGGUUACAUUGAGAAAAUCAGAAUUCCAUCAGCUUUGAUCACUCGUUCCUUUGGUGAUGCGCUGAAGAAAGCACGGCAAAAUGAUGAAGAGGUUGUGAUAAAACUAGACUGGACUGAGUCGAUGCCUCACCCUGAUGAGAGGGUUGAGUAUGAGCUCUGGACCAACAGCAAUGACGAGUGUGGGAUCCGGUGCGAUGAACAGAUGGAUUUCGUGAGGAACUUCAGGGGCCAUGCUCAAAUACUUGAGAAGGGCAAUUAUACACAAUUCACCCCACAUUAUAUAACUUGGUAUUGCCCCCAGGCAUUUAUCCUUAGCAGGCAGUGCAAAUCUCAGUGUAUAAAUCAUGGCAGGUAUUGUGCACCUGAUCCGGAGCAAGAUUUUGGUGAGGGCUAUGAUGGGAAGGAUGUGGUUGUUGAGAAUUUGAGGCAGCUAUGCGUGCAUAGAGUUGCUAAUGAGAGCAAUCGGUCAUGGGUUUGGUGGGAUUUUGUGACGGAUUUUCACAUCAGAUGCUCCAUGAAGGACAAGAGAUAUAGCAAGGAAUGUGCUGAAGAUGUAAUGAAAGCGCUUGAUCUGCCGCUCGAUAAGAUCAAAAAAUGCAUGGGUGAUCCUGAUGCUGAUGUGGAGAACCAGGUGUUGAAGGCUGAGCAGGAACUCCAGGUUGGUCGAGGUUCUCGUGGUGAUGUGACCAUCUUGCCGACUCUGGUUGUCAAUGAUGUCCAGUAUCGAGGGAAAUUGGAGAGAACUGCAGUGCUGAAGGCUAUAUGUGCAGGAUUUAAAGAGUCCACAGAACCUCGGAUUUGUUUGAGUGGAGAUCUUGAGACUAACGAGUGCCUUGAAAGGAACGGCGGCUGUUGGCAGAACAUGAAAUUGAAUGUUACUGCUUGCAAGGACACUUUCAGGGGUAGAUUAUGUCAAUGCCCUGUAGUGGACGGUGUUCAGUAUCAUGGUGAUGGUUAUGUAUCUUGUCAAGCUGUGGGGCCCGCAAGGUGCAUUAUGGACAAUGGAGGUUGCUGGUCGGAAACUAGAAAAGAACAAUCUUUCUCAGCUUGCUCAGAAUCUGAGUUAAGAGGAUGUCACUGCCCAUCCGGAUUUCGUGGUGAUGGCUAUAAAUGUGAAGAUAUUGAUGAAUGCAAGGAAGGGGUUGCCUGUAACUGCGAUGGCUGCACUUGCAAGAAUACCUGGGGUGGAUACGAGUGCAAGUGCAAGGGAGACCUUCUAUACAUGAGGGAUCAAGAUACCUGCAUUGGGAGGAACUCAUCAAGAUUUGGGUGGUUCCUGACACUCUUAGUCCUAUCCGGUGUGGUCGGUGCUGGUAUGGCUGGUUAUAUCUUUUACAAAUACAGGCUCCGGUCGUACAUGGACUCAGAGAUCAUGGCUAUCAUGUCUCAGUACAUGCCACUCGACAACCAGCAGAACGAGGCACAACCUCUACGAACAGGUUCGGUGUAAGGAGAGCUGAAGCAGUUACUUGUCGUAGUUAGAGAAGCUCUCUUGAAUGAGAUGCAUGGUGCUGCUGAGUGUGAAGUUUGAGAUUCAUUCAACAACUUUUUCCUGCACCUGAAAGGCUCAACUCUCCCCUUUGAACUUCACAACCUAAGAGAAAUACACUGCAAUUUCUCCCACAUAUGCCGAAAAUGUCAUCUCUUUUUGGUCAUGUACAUGGAAAUAAAUGUUAUGUAAAUUUAGGUGGAAAAUAAUACAGUAUCAUAUCAGUCAAUUACAAAUAAUCAAAAGAUAGAAAAUGCAGCUUGUUUCAUGUGUUGUGGAAUAAAGAAGCAAGUUGCAGAGA